AUGGGAUGUACAUCUUCAAUAGAAUAAACUACUAUGAUUUCUAACAAAGUUGGAAAGCCUAAAUUGAGGAAAUCAAUGUCUACAAGCUCUAUCAUUUGUUACAAGAACUCAAAAAUAAGAGAAAAUAUUACAAUUCUUAAUUAAGGAAAAUCAUAGCUUGAUUGUUAAUUCAUCACAUAGGUGUUGAAAAAACACUAUAUAUUUUAUUAAUUGAAUGAAGAAUCUAUCUAGAACAUCAUUAAACAUAUGUUUUAUUGUUUGAUUAAACAAAAUCAUCAUUUAUACUAAAAUAUCAAUACUCCAUCUUGUAUGUUCCUUGUUGAUAAAGGUUAACUCAAAAAUUAAAAUUUCACAUUAUUUUAACCAGGUUCUAUUGUUGCUGAAGACAAUUUAUUAUUAGGAUAAAUCAAAUUCAUUGAAGCUAAUGUAGACACAUAUAUGUGGGGUUUGGAUAGAAUUUAAUUCAAUAAAGCAAUUUAAUACAUUACAUCUCAAUCUUUUGUCAGUAAUAGAGCAUUUCUAUAACAAUAAUAUUUAUUUUAAUAUUUCAGCUAAAAUUAAUUAGAUGGAAUUGCAGCAAAUAUUUUAUAAGUUCAAUAUUCCAAAAAUUAAGUUAUGUUUUCUGAUGAUGCUUAUGUAAUUAUUAAAAAUGGUGAAGCUUCUUUAUUUAAAGGAAAUCAAUUUUCUAAAACCCUUUCUCGCAGAGAUACUUAUGGUACUUUAUAUAAGUUGAAUAAACCAAAGAAUACUAAGGUUAAAGCUGUUGUAGAAACUCAAUGUCUUAUUCUUACAUAAGCAAAAUUAAUUGAAGUAAUUGGGUUUAAUAUUUAAAAACAAAUAUAUUAAGCUAUAAUAAGAUAUGUAUUAAUUGAAAUAGAAUUACCAGGGUUAGAAAUUGAAAAAAUUUUGGAAAAAGAAUAUUAUAAAUUAAAGAUUUAUAAUGAUGAGACUAUAAGAUAAAAGUAGAUUCAUGAAGAUCUAAGUAUUAUUGUUGAUGGAACUGUUAAUUGUGAGGGAGAGACUUUAAGAUUGGGAGAGUUUAUUUCAGACUAAUUUGAUAAUUCAGUUUAUAUUGCUAAUGGAACUAUUGCCAUUAUUUAAAGGGAAUAUCUUUAUAUUGAAGAUUACAUAAUAGAAGAAAAUUCAGAUGAUGAAUAAAUAAAAUAUAAACCUAGAUUUUCUGAAUUAAAACAGCUAUAAAUUAUGAGAAGAAAUGGGAAUAAUGUAAUUAAUUUGGUUUAAUUUAAAUAAUAAAACUAUAUUCUGAGAUAAAUAAAUAAAUAUUCUUAAUAAAAGACUUAGUAAGAUCGAAGAAUGAAAUAAUAAAAGAAAAUAUUGGAAAUUCUUAAGAGUCCCCAUAUAUCUAAAUAUUAUCAAUUUUAUGAAGACAAUGCUUCUUACUACUUCUUAUUGAAAUAUAUUGAUGGAACUCUUUUAUCAGAGAGAAGAUUAAAAUUACCAUAGAUUUAAACAGCAAUACUCUAAAUAAUAUCUAUUUUAGAGGUUUGUUAUAAAAAUUCAGUUAUUUGUCGAUCUAUAAAAUUAGAUAAUUUCUUGAUUGAUUAUUAGGGAAAUGUCUAUUUGAUAAACCUUUUGAAUGCAAAAUAAGCAUCUAGAACUUAUACAAUUAUUGGAUCUCCACAUUAUAUGGCUCCUGAAAUACUUGAAGGUAGAGGUUAUGAUUGUAAUAGCGAUGUCUGGAGUUUAGGGAUCUGUUUGUAUGAACUUUUAUUUGAAUAAGUACCUUAUGGAUAAGCACUUGAUGAUCCUUAUUAGAUUUAUGAAGAAAUUAUAGGAUCUUCUAAUAUCGAGUUUCCAGAAAGUUAUAAGGAUGAAUAAGGUAAAAGUUUAAUGAAAUAAUUGAUUAACAAAAAUGUUUAUUAAAGAAUAGGAUCAAAUUUCGACUAACUAAAAAAUCAUUGUUGGUUCAGUUAAUUAGACAUUGAAAAUAUAUCUCCAAUUGAACCAGCAUUUGAAUUAAGAUGUUGA